CCCGGCAGCCCGGGCGGGCCGGUUCCCGCCCAGCGCGGCAGGCGGGCACCCGUGGGCUGUGGGGUCAGCCGGGCCGGGUCGGCCCAGUCCAGCCCGUUCUGUUUCCUGCGGCGGCCUGCGAAAGGUACUUUCAAAAAAGGAGACUUCAGAAAAGGACCCUCCAUGUUAAUAAGGUGCCAGACCACGCAGCAAAGUGCUAGAAGGAGAAGUAGCCAAGCAUAAAACGCAUAGCUUCUGCUGAACAAGAGCAGUAGCAGACUACAAGGAAAGAGACAAUGUCUUCUGAAACAGGUCAACAGGGAAGUCAGACACCUCCAAUAAAACAACCUGGAUGGCCAAUGUUAUUUUGUCCCAUGUCCCAAAUUCAAGACAGAGAGAUUGCAAGAAUCGUUAAAGAAUGCAAACAGGAAAGUUUUUGGUACAGAGCUCUUCCUUUAUCUCUUGGGAGCAUGCUUGUCACCCAGGGGCUAAUCUCAAAAGGCAUUUUCUCAGCAAGCCCAAGAUUUGGUCCAUACCCCAAGAUGGCACUUGCUGGUGUCUUGGGUUUUGCCAUUGGAAGGAUGUCAUACAUGGGAGAAUGCAAAAAAAAGUUUCAGAAAAUUGGUAUUGCACCGUUUUGUCCACAACAAAAAAGGAAGUGUCAUCAUACUUGCAAAGAAUGUAAGGCAAAAUUGGGAUCGAAUGAGAGAGAAGGUUCAAGUCCUUCAACAGCUUAGUGCCAGAUGUGGUGAACACGAUUAAAACCUUAUGGACCAUCUUCUUUCAAGGCACUUUCCUGUAGACUAGAAAUAAUAAUAAUUUUGUGAUUCAAUCUCUUAA